ACCCACGUUUCCACUUCACUUUCACAACAAAGUCAAUAUCUACUCUCAACUUCUUAGACAAAAUUCCACACCGAGUACAGAGGAACACGCGUGUUCUGUUCGCAUGUUGUCGUUACCUCUGCCGCUGACGCCGCUCAAUGAGAAGAUCUGACUGAAGCCGGUGCAUGUUUUUCCCACGCUCUACCCGGGUCUCUCUCCCGGGGGUCUUGAUACAGCUAAAUUCGCAUUCUCCUAGUCCGAUUGAACAUUCAGUUCUACAGGAUUCAAAGUAUUCACAUCUGAGAUAUCUGCGAUUCCAUUCAUUCCAUGAAAUCCUGCGCCCACAUCGCACCAUCUUUGCUUCUAUCGAGUCUUUUGGAUUUCAGAUCUACGAAGCUAUCAGGUUGUCCAGCUUGGAGUACUCUGUGCGUCGCUGUUGCAACGCGAGGUCUGAUGCCCAGCAAACACAUGCACACGACGUGAAGUUAAAUAUUCUUCGGGUAAACAAGCUUUCGGAUAGGGGGGUGCGUUUCUUCUUCUGCGAGAGUGGAGGAGAGAAUGGAAGUUGCAGGUUUGUCCAUCGUUAGUGACGCUGCCGAACUUGCCACACGGGGAAUGGAAUCUGCAGACGUGGAACCGGAGCUUCCCUUCGCUGUCCAGGACCUUAUACGGCGUCUGGAAGGCAAAGUUGAAGUCUGGCUUCCCGAAUUAAGCGGGCCAGAAUUUCGGGAUUUCUUUCCGGCGUGUGCUUCUCCGUCGACGAUCGUAGGGUGGCAAGGCCAAGUGCGCCUUCGAGUGCUGGAGGCAAUUGGCAGCUGCGACACAUUUACAUUACUGGACAUACAAGUGAUUUUCGGCGGAGACAUCUCGAGGUUGACGGCUAGCGAGUGGGAGGUACUUCUGAGAGGUUUCAGAUGUAGCACCGUUCUACGAGUGAUAAGAGUUGAGGAUUUGACGUGGAAUUCAGAUGCGGAAAUGGAAAGCUUGUGUUUCCAGCUGGGGAGAAUUCUGAAUACCUCUAGCGUAAUAGAUUUGACAAUAGUCAAUUGCAGUUUGAGUGCCAGAUGUUUCUUGAAUCUCGCCUCAGGACUACGAGAAAAUUGCCAAUCCAAACUCAAGUCUUUAGACCUGCAUAACGCGUGGGAGGACUCGAGUGCAGUGAAGCAUGUGGCUGACAUGAUCAACAGUGCUACUCGAUUACGAAAGCUGAGUUUAGGCAGCUGUUCGAACGGAAUAGACGACAUGGAUGAGGCGGCGCUUGGAAUCCUGUCCCAGGCUCUGUUGCACAGCUCGUCUUUGAAAGAGAUCAAAUUGGUUGAUGUUAAGUGGGGAGCAUCCUUGUUGCUGAAAGCAUUGGCCGGAGAUGAUGGCAACCGAUCCAUCGAACGUCUUCUGCUGGAGAAUAUGGAUCGACUCGGAGACUGUAUACGAGAACUUCUGAUUUCCAACCGAUCAUUGAAGGAAGUGAGGUUGAACUCCUUGCGGAUGCUUCCUGAGGAAUGGCACCAGCUAGGCGAAGCCAUACGUGACCAUGCUAGAGCAGCAAAUAUCAUUAUAGAGUUUUACUUAGACGAAAAUGUUGAAGAUAACUGGAAGUCAAUAGAAGCUCUUGCUUGUGCUGCUAGUUCCGAUGUCAAGGACCCCACUGUGGAUCUUGUACUCACAACUCCGAGUGACCACGAAGUGAUGUUAUCAUUAAACCUAUUGGGUAGGGUACUGCGCGGGGAGAUCAGAUCUCUAAAAUCUUUCAGUUUAUCGGCGAGACAUCCUCGCACUUCAGGUAGCAACCAAGAUACACUUAAAAGUAUCCUCCCGAUGAAUGGAAAAACUGGAGAAGCUUCAGUCUUGAAGAGUCUAACAUUACGUGAUUCAGCCAGAAACCUUUUCAAGGGAAUAUGGAAGCAACUGUUUUGGUACUUACGUGAGAACACAAGUCUCACAUACUUGGAUCUGAAUCACUUCACACUCGACGAAGAGGCGUUCAGGGACCUGAUGGGGCUCCUACAAGUCAACUUGACUCUCCAGGAAAUAGACGUCUCAUACACCUCAUGGGCGAAGGACGGAAAGGCGGCGCAGAUUCAAGAGGCGCUCAAGCAGAACCAGAAGCGGGCCGUGUACAUGUCCGUCUUCAGAGAAACCAGAUUAGCAUUUGGAGAUGCAAAAGCUGGUCGACUCUUCUUAUGCGGCUCUCCUAGAGCAGGCAAGACUCACUUACGUCAAACAUUGAUGAGGAUAAUCCAAGGUAAAAGUUGGCUAGGAAACAAAUGGUGCGCAUUGCGGAGGACCAAAGGAAUCGAAGUGGAGUUCUUGCAAAACAAUGACAAGAUGCAAAUCUCAAUUUGGGAUCUUGCGGGACAAUGGAUUUUUCGUACCCUUCAAAAUGUGCUUUUUCCUCAAACCAACAAUUUCUGCGUUUUUAUUUUUGUAUAUAGCCCCUUUGGCAAACCAGAGUCUUGUUUCAGAGAUGAGUUGGAAGAUUGGUUGAGUUUCAUCACAUCCAGCACUAAGUGCACAGGACAUAAUCUUCCACAAGUUCUUGUUGUGAUUUCACACAAGGAUAAAGUCAUAUCCAACUCUUUGAAUUGGGCUCACUCCAUUGUGGAUGAACUCACCAAAAGAUUCGCAAAUUUUGUGGAUCUCCUCCCUAUUGAGGACUGUUGUUUUGUGGAUACUCGGAAGAGGAAACAAGUGAUUCCUCUCAAAAAUCACAUUUUUCAGAGCUUAGAAAAAUUGUUGAGUGAAAAAUCUCCAAGGGUUCCCAAACUGUGUUCUCAACUCACUUCCCUCUUCGCAACAACUACCAAGGAGAAUAGAAGCUGCCCGCUUUGGUCAUCUGAAAAGUUUCGUGAUUUCUGUACUCCCAUCCUGACGCAAGCCAUUCCACCAUCUUCUGUUCACUCUGUUGAUCAUUCAAGGAUAAAGAUGUCACUUGUAUCCUAUUUGAAUGACAUUGGAUCCAUAGUUUGUAUUCCUAACCUCGAUUAUAUCAUUGUUGAUCCUAACUGGCUCACCAAUACAUUAUUGGGUGAGUUGGUAGCUUUAGGUCAACACUUUCAAGCUCAAGAGUUCGAGACUUCUUAUGAAUUGAGCCCAGAUGCAAGCAAGGACGGAUUUGUGAGCAAGAGUGUCUUUGCUGGACUGAUAGAGAAGUUUUUGGGAAAGCAACCAUGCUUUGAAAAUGUGGACAGAGAGGUGCUUGAAAACAUCCUUAUCAAUUUAGAUUUGUGUUUCAAGCUCGAAGAUACUUCUCAGUAUUUCAUUCCUUCCUUCAUCCCUGAGCAUGCAAGCGACGAGGAAAAGAAUGAUCAAGAAGGGGCGCACGCGAAGUCGAUGAAUUGGGCAAAUAUGAGUAAGACUUCACAGUUUGUCGGCAUUCGGAUUCAAUGCCAAGAUGAAAGAACAAUGUCACUAACGGCUGCUUUUUUCCCACGCUUCCAGAUGUUUAUGAGACGCAAGUUGAUCUCUGAGAUGGAUGUUUCCAAGGAGAAUGUAACUUGCUCUCGACAUUAUCUGCAACUUUUCCUUGAUGGACACCAGAUAUAUGUCGAACAUGUUCAGAGUGAAAAGUCUCACAAAUAUGUAGAUGUUCUGAUGUUAUGCUCGAGUCAGAAGUCAAGGGAGGCGGCUAUUAAAUAUGUGAUGAAGCAUAUCGUCCAGGAGUUGAUAUCAUUUUGUGCAUCACCCAAAGGCUGUCCCGGGGUGGCGUUAGUGCUGGGUGUGAUGCAAACACGUUGUGUGGAGAUGCUGAUUCCAAGUUAUCUCAGAAGAGCCAUUCUGAUCGAGAAGCUCAAAUCGGACUUCAUUCGUAGCAUCAACGACAAACUUGAGGAAAUUCCGCUGGAUAGUUUGCACUUGGUGGAGAAGGAAGAGUUGUUCCUCUAUGAGCAGUGUUGGCCCCCUAUUGAAGGUCACACAGAGAGAAUAUCCGAACGAGCUAGGGAUUUGUUGUGGGACAGCGAUGUGGAAGCGAUUGUGAAUGAUAUUCGACAGAAACGAAUUCAACAGUUGGAGUCAUUGCAGGAAGGUCUCAUUAGCUUGAACAAUGAUUUGGCUCAGUGUUAUCCUGAAGCUGAAGACAUUGUUAGUAACUCGAAUAUAGCUCAAAUGAAAGACUGGAAACCACGCACAUCCAGGUGCUUAAGCCGUGCCACCUCAAGUGUGGAAAGUCCUUCAACUCGACUUGUUUUGUUGAAGAUUGAUCUGCUGGGACAAAAGGUUGAUGGUUUGGAUGAGAGGCUAAGAUCAGUGCAGAACAUUUUGCAGAGAUUGGACAUGAAGAUGGGACAGAUACUCUCUCUGCAGCAAGAACUGCAGUCAACGCUGAGUGAUUUCAUGUCUAGAGUGGACAUGAUUGUUGAGUAUUCGCAAGAGCUUCAGGUGGCAAGAACGCCAAAGCGACCUUACGUCACAGAUGAUGUUGGCAUUUUCUACAGGAUGAGUGCACUUCUACAUGUCGGGAAAACCGUUCGUUUACACUUGAUGUGUGAGUCUAUGAUUGGGUUUCACUCUGUAAAUGAUCAAGAAGGUUUGAAGAUACGCUUGGAUCGGGAGAAUAGCUUGUGGAUUCGGAAAACUGUUGAAAUCUCUUACAAAGUCAUGCAUUAUGCUGUGAAGGCUGGACUGGAUGUGACCUUCGGGUUGGGCCAAGCGAUUCCGGACUGGGAAGAUUUAAAAUCUAAUAUCGUUCAACUCUACGGUAUUAGUGAUGAUGAUCGUAGGGCAAUUCUAGCAGGUGGGGAAAGCAAAGAGCUACAAGAAGCAUGGUUGAGGAUUCAGCAAACUCUUGCGCCUCAGCUUCAAAAUCGCUAUUCCGAAAUCUUCAAGUUGUAUCAGGUGAAAUACUUGAGUUUAGAGAAGGGUGGGCAUGCCUGGGUGUGCGUGCAGUGCAUGAAUAGAGGCCUUCGUUGUGGAAUUUUGACAUGUUAGGAUUUUGAAGAUUUUACAAUGUCAUUAUGCAACUGACAAGCAUAUGUUUUACGCUCAUGCAAUAUAAAACUCUGCAAAAUUUUCCUUACAGUU